AUGGCAACAACGGAAAGAUCACAAGAACAAGACGGAAGGUCCGUAACCCCGCAACCGCAACUGCAACCGCAACUGCAACCGCAACUGCAACCCCAAACGAAACCACAAUUACAUUCGUCACCACCCGCAUCACCACCAGCACCUCAACUGCAGGCACUGAGAGGAGCACAACUUGAUAAACAGAGACGUCCUUUGAAACAACAGUUUCAUCUGUUUCUGCUGUUUCCUUCUGCAACACAACAAUGUUCUGAGUUCAGUCUAGGAAAUCAGGACAAUCAAUUACAUCACCAAAACCUCAAACAACCAAAAACUCCUCCGAGAUCAAACAAAUAUGACCGCCAUCAAACUGAUAGGAAGGACAUUGCAAAUGAUGACGUUUCAGAUGGAGUAUUCUCCAAUUUCCAACUCCCCAAUGACAUUCUCAAGAACUUGACCCCCAUCAUCAAAUCACCUCCAAAAGACAAGACACGGAACCAUAUAAGAAGACAAACUCAUAUUCGAAACGUGCAAUUAAAGGUCUGUGCUCAAAACAAUCGUAUUUUGAAGAAGAUCAAGCACAACAGAGAAGAACAGGUUCGACUUUUGCAGAUGCAAUCAGCACGGUUCUCCAAGGAGUUGGAAAAAGCAAGAGGCAGAAGAGAUGGAUUCUUGCAAGAGAUAAGGGAUAGGGCUAGAAGAUUUGCAAAGGGACAUAAGGAAUUAGAAUUUAUGAAUAAUGACAAAAGAGCAAACACAUCAGCUGAUGAUAAUAGCGGUGCAAACAAUAUCUCUUUUGAAUUCAAACAAUCAUUAGCUAAUGCCAUUGUAUUCAGGAAUGAUGGUGAUGUCGAGUAUCACACGCUAGAGGACAUCUCACACCAUAUUACCGAUUCCAGUUCCAGUUCCAGUUCCAGUUCCAGUUCCAGUUCCAGUUCCAGUUCCAAUUCCAUUACUAGUAAUAUUAUUUAUUUCCAACGACAAUGUCGAAAACGAAUCUUUCAAAAACAAUUGCAGAGUCUUUUACUGUCCAAAUUUUUGAAUGAAAUUGACAAGUUGCCGUUCAAGCUGGUCUUGACAAUACUCAAUUCAGAUUCAAACAUCAAGCAAAGUUUAAGUUAUAUCAUCCAAUAUCUAAACAUUGCUCUGGACCAAUAUGAGAUUAAAAUGUUUCUUUACUGCUUUAUUAUGCUUGCCGAAUUCAAUGAUUGCAUGACAAAUAACCUGUGCCACCCUGGUUUUAAUUGCAAUUUGACUUGUUUUUAUCAAAAUGAUAAAAAUUAUCAGGAAGAAGAGAAUUUUUACAGAAAUUGCAUUUGGGUCAUGCUAUACAAAGCAAGCAUUUGCCUUUUGGAACAAUUCAAUACUUUUAUUGAGCUUUUAGCUCUUCCUUCUCGUAUUAGUAACUUUAAUGCUAAUAGUGAAAUGGCAAAAACUAUAUGGAAAUUUAAGCAGUAUUGGACCAUUUACAAAUUCAUUUUCAAUAUCUUCAAAUGGAAUCACUUUGAGGGUGUCAGGAGCUUACUUGACUCUUCUAUUGCCAUUGCCGACCAGCAUUUACAGAUUGUGCAACGCGAAUGUGAGCGUGAGCGUGAACAAAGAUGUAGUCGUGGGUAUGGACAAGAGGAGGAUCAAGAGCUGAAGCAAUGGGAUAUGGAAGACUGCGAAUUAGAACUGGACCUGGAUUUGGAUUUGGAUUUGGAUUUGGAUUUGGAGCUGGCACUGGAAAUUGGUCAACAAAACGUAGUAAACAAAUCAAUCAAAGACCAGAGAAGAAAGUUGCGUUUGGAAUUAUUACUUCUAAAUAAGUACAAUAUACAAUGGCUACAAGAUUAUAAUGAAUUGGACAAGGUUGUUGAAUUUACAAAAAGUAUAAAGUACCGCAUUAAGGAGCUUUAUAUCGAGUCUUCAAGACACCAAAUCCCCAGCUUUAUACAAAACAAGGCCAAUUUUAUUUGCUUUGACACUAUCAAGUUCCAUAUUCCUGAGAUGUUACCGAUUGACAAGUGGAGAGGAUAUUGGAUGUCUUUGUACUUUUAUGAGUAUUGCAAUAAGCGCAUGUACCCUGCCAAAUUGAAAAGUGGCUACAUGGGGGAAAAUGUGUUCAAUAUUGGUAAACGAAAAUUGGACUAUGUUUCUUUAAUCGAUUCAGUGGUUGACAUUGAUUCCAUGGACCUUAAAACAAUCUAUGAAUGUCUUUACGAUUUUUAUUUGGAGUUUUCGACUUCGAUCCAUUCUUUGCCUCGCAUUGAUGAUUCACUACCAAGUAUUUUGAAGAUCCAAAGGCUCAUUGAACACUAUAGUAAGCUGUCUAUUGGUGCAUUGUUCCAAUUUGAUGAGGAGGUGGAUAUUCUUGAUCCAAUUCAGUUGAAGUAUAAUGUUGUUAUGCAAUGGAUUAGAAAGUCACAAUUUGAUACUUUAAAAGAUUUUCAAAAGUUUGAAAACUUGUAUAUUAUAGUAUCUAGUUCCAAUUUCAAAAAUCUCAAGUACUCCAUAUUCACGCAAAACCCAAACUUGUUGUUUCCCAAGUUUUAUAAACUGGUAAGACAAGUGGUGGAGUUUAGUUUGGAUACUUAUCGGGCAGAAUGCAUAGUUGAGGCAUCGAAUAGAAACAGCGUGCACAGACUUAUGACCACCCGCCCAGUCUAUGAUUCUGGCGCUGCCAAAUUUUUUCAACACUAUUUCUGUUUUAUAAUUGCUAAUGGCAGUUGUAGAAACAAGGGUGAGAACAAAAGUAAUGAAUACGAGGCAGACGAAUUGAAUGCAAAUUACAGAGAUAAAUUUUCCCAGUUUAGUCAGCAAUUGAACAGUUUUAUAAAUGUCAACUGCAUAUGCCUGAUGUAUCGAGCAUUAACUGGAACCAAUAUUUCGCGGCACCAAUUGGCGCAAGCAAGUGAGUCGAUAGACCAUGUUGCAAACAAAAGGUUUGUCAGUUACUACAAGUCUCAUUCAGAGUCUAUUAUUUGUGUUUUGCGAGAAAAAUGGAUUGCAGCAAUGAGUAAAAAAGGGGAGAAGGAUGUGCUAAAUGAGAUUGCUAAAUUGUUUGCCAACUGUCUGUAUUGUCUUCAAGAUGUUCAGAUUUUAUCUAAAGAAAUCUCGAAUUUUACUUUGUUCUUGUAUGUUGUUUACCAACCAAUUUUGAACUGGAUAUAUGGAGACUUGGGAGCUCAAGUAGGAGCGUGA